UGCAAAUCUGCUCCGGUUUUGGCAUCCCAAGCUCCGAGCCGAGCGCCUAUAAAAGGAGGCUCGCGGCAUACCUUUUCUUCCACAGCUGCAUUGGCAUUGCACAAGUGUACUUCUUCAGUGAUCUUCUAGUGUUUGUGAGUUGUGACGUACGCAAGGUUCAGUUCAUGGCGAACGUGAGCGUCUCGAAGCCGGCGAAGCGCCUGACGGGGAAGAGCAGCUUCAGGCUCGGCCUGCCGCUGCUCUGCGGCCGGUCUGACGUGGCGAGCCCCGGUGCUGCCCCCGCUCGGUCGUCGUCGAGCAGGAGGUCGUCCGGCACCGGCAGCAGCAGGAAGUCGGAGCUGCGCAGGAUCUUCCAGCACUUCGACAGGGACAACGACGGGAAGAUCUCCGGCGCCGAGCUGAGCGCCUUCUUCGCGUCCAUGGGCGACGACCUGACGGUGCCGUCCUCGUCGUCGGGAGAAGGGUACCUGCUGGACUUCGCCGGGUUCGUGGCGCUCAUGGAGAGGGGGGAGGGCAGCCAGGAGGAGGACCUGAGGAGGGCGUUCGAGGUGUUCAACGCCGUGGACCAGCCCGCCGGGAGGAUCACGGCCAGGGGGCUGCGGCGGGUGCUCGCCCAGCUCGGUGAUGACCGGUCCGUCGCCGACUGCGAGGCCAUGAUACGGGCCUACGACGUCGACGGCGAUGGCGGCCUCGACUUCCAUGAGUUCCAGAGGAUGAUGAGCUAGGUAGAGCUGGCUUCAUGCCAGUGGUUGUUGUUCAUACUCUGCAUUGCAUCCAGAUGAGCCCAUGCAGAUCGUUACAGAUUUGCUGUCUCAUCUUGUGUUGUUUGGUGUCUCACAAGUGACACCAGUGUAUAAUGAUGCUAUACACUUGAUUUAUUUUUCUUCGGUAUUUUUUGUUUAGAGAAGACUCUGUAUUUUUUCCAGAGCUUCAUCUCUGCAAAAUGGCUGUAAGGGAGUGAAAAAUGAGAAGUUCCAUGAACAAAAACUGACACAUUUCACUGUGGUGCACCGUCUGAAAUUUUAGAUGGGAAGAGCCGAAGAGGACUGGUCUUCUCAUCUGGAAGGCUGAA